GGAGGAAGCUAGUGGGCGGGAAGCCGCAGCUCCUCGCCCGUUUCGGUUUCUGUUUGAGUACUCGGGAGAGCCGCUGGGGCGAGCAGCGAUGCGCCUGCCAGCCUCGCCCGGGUUGGGGGAGCUGCUGCUGCUGCUGGGCUCCUUGCUAGUACACAUCCGCUGUGAUGAGGUGUUUGGCAUCUUGGGAGAAAAUUUUAUUUUUCCGGUGAAAAUAGACAAAAAGCUAAUGGAAAUUACUUGGAAGAAAAACAAAGAUAAAAUUGCUGAAUGGGAAGAACAAAGCCAAACAGUGUAUUUUACUUCGCUCCGGAAUAGAGGAUUACUUAACAAGGAGACUGGCAGCUUGACCAUAUUUAAUUUAGAGAAGAAUGAUGCUGGCACCUACACGUUAGAGUAUCUUCCCAUUGAUGAAAAAAAUGCUGUCUUAACCUUUAUGCUUACUGUGUUAGAUCCCCCUUCUGAACCUACAAUAAGUUGCAACAUCAGUGGUGACAACCUUAUGUUAACAUGUGCAGCAGAUUUCAAGAAACCUCUGACUUAUAGUUGGAAGUUCAGUAGCAUGACAGACUAUGAGCAGCAGCAAGAUGUUGUCAUCCUUAGAAAGAAAGCUGAUGCUUCAGAGAAAGCAACAUGUUUCAUUAAAGUCUCUCAAACAGAAAAGAGCUCUGAAUUCUCUUUGGCUGAAUGCUUUCCAGGGGACAGAUAUCACAGAAGGAGAGAUGGUCUUUUUGCGGCUUUUGGCUUGGUAAUUGUAGCUGUGGUAAUAGUAUUCUUGUACAAAAAAGUUAGACAUCGAUCUAAAACAGGAAGACCUAAGAGCAGUCUUCAGAAGCAUAGUUCAGGAGAAGAGGAGCCAAUUUUAAAUACAAGGAGUCAAGAACAGUCCAACUCAGAUGUCCGUGACGCAGAGAAGAGCAGCCCGAGUGCCUCGCAAGCAGCUGAGCCUGGCGCAUAUGAGAGCGGUGCCUCCCGGGUUGCAGGAGCUGGAAGGGGGCAGCAUCUGGGCGGCACUCCCAGCCACAGUAAAGAAGAUGUCCGUGACGCGGAGAAGAGCAGCCCGAGUGCCUCGCAGGCAGCUGAGCCUGGCGCAUAUGAGAGCGGUGCCUCCCGGGUUGCAGGAGCUGGAAGGGGGCAGCAUCUGGGCGGCACUCCCAGCCACAGUAAAGAAGAUGUCCGUGACGCGGAGAAGAGCAGCCCGAGUGCCUCGCAGGCAGCUGAGCCUGGCGCAUAUGAGAGCGGUGCCUCCCGGGUUGCAGGAGCUGGAAGGGGGCAGCAUCUGGGCGGCACUCCCAGCCACAGUAAAGAAGAUGUCCGUGACGCGGAGAAGAGCAGCCCGAGUGCCUCGCAGGCAGCUGAGCCUGGCGCAUAUGAGAGCGGUGCCUCCCGGGUUGCAGGAGCUGGAAGGGGGCAGCAUCUGGGCGGCACUCCCAGCCACAGUAAAGAAGAUGUCCGUGACGCGGAGAAGAGCAGCCCGAGUGCCUCGCAGGCAGCUGAGCCUGGCGCAUAUGAGAGCGGUGCCUCCCGGGUUGCAGGAGCUGGAAGGGGGCAGCAUCUGGGCGGCACUCCCAGCCACAGUAAAGAAGAUGUCCGUGACGCGGAGAAGAGCAGCCCGAGUGCCUCGCAGGCAGCUGAGCCUGGCGCAUAUGAGAGCGGUGCCUCCCGGGUUGCAGGAGCUGGAAGGGGGCAGCAUCUGGGCGGCACUCCCAGCCACAGUAAAGAAGAUGUCCGUGACGCGGAGAAGAGCAGCCCGAGUGCCUCGCAGGCAGCUGAGCCUGGCGCAUAUGAGAGCGGUGCCUCCCGGGUUGCAGGAGCUGGAAGGGGGCAGCAUCUGGGCGGCACUCCCAGCCACAGUAAAGAAGAUGUCCGUGACGCGGAGAAGAGCAGCCCGAGUGCCUCGCAGGCAGCUGAGCCUGGCGCAUAUGAGAGCGGUGCCUCCCGGGUUGCAGGAGCUGGAAGGGGGCAGCAUCUGGGCGGCACUCCCAGCCACAGUAAAGAAGAUGUCCGUGACGCGGAGAAGAGCAGCCCGAGUGCCUUGCAGGCAGCUGAGCCUGGCGCAUAUGAGAGCGGUGCCUCCCGGGUUGCAGGAGCUGGAAGGGGGCAGCAUCUGGGCGGCACUCCCAGCCACAGUAAAGAAGAUGUCCGUGACGCGGAGAAGAGCAGCCCGAGUGCCUCGCAGGCAGCUGAGCCUGGCGCAUAUGAGAGCGGUGCCUCCCGGGUUGCAGGAGCUGGAAGGGGGCAGCAUCUGGGCGGCACUCCCAGCCACAGUAAAGAAGAUGUCCGUGACGCGGAGAAGAGCAGCCCGAGUGCCUCGCAGGCAGCUGAGCCUGGCGCAUAUGAGAGCGGUGCCUCCCGGGUUGCAGGAGCUGGAAGGGGGCAGCAUCUGGGCGGCACUCCCAGCCACAGUAAAGAAGAUGUCCGUGACGCGGAGAAGAGCAGCCCGAGUGCCUCGCAGGCAGCUGAGCCUGGCGCAUAUGAGAGCGAUCUUGGAUCAUAAACAGGUAAUUUGCCUUGUGGACCAAACAGCAUUUUGACCCAAUGGAAGAGAAGUGGUCGAAUUCAGUGUUGAAAAAGCCGCUGUCUUUUGUUCUGGAGGUUUUCCAUUAGCACUGAAAUCAUCCAUAAAGAAGUGUUUUGAAGACUAGUUGAGCUGCUUCCAGUGCCUGUUUUUCUUUUCUCAGAAUAGACAGCCUCCUUUUUUGGUGUCACUACAUGAAGACGAACAGGCUGAAUCAUGGAAAAUAUCUCAUUUUGUAUUGUUUUGUAUCAGUUUUUAACAAACAGUGCUCUACUAAUACAAAAUAUAAGAGCCAAGGCAUUCUUUUUUUAUAACUGGUAUUUAGAUAUUAACAAAGUCAUAUCCAUACACAUGAAUGUGGAUAAAUUAAAAACUAAUCAGCUUUCUAUGCAACUUCAGAUCAGUACUUUUUAUAGUGAGAAGAAAGAUGGUGCAUCCUUCAGCAGUUCCAGAUGGAUGGACGUUUGCAUGUACUAGUCUCAGUUCUCCAGCAGUAACUCAAUGGUCCAGACAAAUCUUCUCCUAGAUGGCUGUCUCCUGGAAUCAGCAGAAGGCUGGCAAAUUGUGAUCUUCUCCUGAUGAUGGUCGACUUUGAGAUAAAGCUACAGUUCAGUUUGUUUUUUGCAUUGGAACAAAAGCUGCUUCUGUUAGCAGCAUUUUGUGUUUUUUCUUGAACUUUUGAUAUUUUUUGCACUUUUAUGUUUUUUUGGGGGGGGGAUUGUUUUUUUAUGUCUUAGCUUCUUAGCUUCUGCUUCACAUUAUUCUAAGAGAAUGUCAACCUACCCAUUUUUAAAGAAUAAUAAUACAUUUUCAGAUUGCUUGCGACUGGAGAGAAAAGUUGAAAGCUGAGCUCAUGUAUAUGCUGAGGCUCAGAAAGAGGCAAAGAGAAAAGAAUACCAUGUAUUAAUGUUUUCAAAACAUUAAGAUAUGGUGCAUGAUUUGUGACUUCAGCAUGAUGGUUGUUUCUGAAAGUUGAAAGCAAUUUCAGUUCGUGCUGAACUUAGUAUUUGUAAAGAAUCAUGAAGGUUUGUCAGAGAUCAGAAACUCCCCCUUUGUCUUCCCUACUAGACUGAGAUUUGCUUGCAAGGCAGGAGUCAAAUCCUGCUCUGUGUAGUAGUGUAGGAACGUCCACGCUCUUAGUACAAAGUAAUGGUUCAGUCAAUUCAAUCUGUAAAUGGCUAGGAGUGGAAAGGGAUUUUGGCAUGGUGCUAAGUUCUGCUAUGGUACCUUGUCUGUAGGAAAUCUUCAAGUGAAGUAGUUGAUUAUUCAGAUCUCUUAGCCAGUUCCCAUGCAGAUAAGGUCUGUUUUUAGCACAUGAGAUCCCAUUUAAGGAAUUGGUCCUGAAUGGCAUGAUGUUAAGGCCUCAUGUUUAUGAAUAAGGCAGUGAGAAGAUCAGAAGCAGAGAGGGAACCUGAAGUAGUUUUAGAAAUCAGAAGAAAAUUCAGUUUGGAAGGGACCUCAGGAGGUCAUGUAAUCCAAAUUCCUUAUCAAAGCAGAGUCAACACUGAAAUGAAAUCAAGUUACUCAACUUUAUCUAGGCUGGUCUUGAAAAAUUCCAAGGAUGGAGACUGCAUAACUUCUCUGAGCAACCUGUUUUACUGCCUGUCCUCAUGUUGAAAAAGCAUUUCCUUAUAUCCUUAUGUCUGAAUCUCUCUUGUUUCAACUUUUGCCUGUUUUCUUAUCCUUACACCAUGCACCACUGUGACGAUCUUGGCUCCAUCAUCUUCAUGAUUGCCUCGUAGGUCCUGGAAACUGCUGUUAUGUCCUCCAAAGCCAUCUCUUCUCCAGGUUUGAAUAAGCCCAGUGCCCUCAGCCUCUUGUCACAGGGCAAGUGCUUCAGCACCUGACUUCUUGGCAGCCCUUCUCUGAACUUGUGCCAAUUUAUGAAUGCCUUUCUUGUUGAAGGGGCCCCAAACUGGAUGCAGUAUUCUAAACAUGGUCCAACAAGUGCUGAGUAGAGGAGGAUAAUCACUUCCCUCAAUCUACUGGUUAAGCUCCUUUUAAUACAAGGCAGGAUGUUGUUGGCUGCCUUUGCUGCUACGGCCCACUGCUGGUUUGUGUUCAGCUUGCUGCCUACCAAGACCUCCCAGUCCUUUUCAGCAGAGCUGUCCCCAGCCUGUAUUACUGCAAGGAGCUCCUCCUUCCCCAUACUUUGCAUUUGUCCUUGCUGAAUUUUAACCUGUCUAGGUCUUGCUGAAUGCCAGCCCUUUAGCUUAUUAACUGAUUCUCCCCAAUUUGGCGAUACCUGCAGACUUGACAAGAGUGCACUCUGUUGUCUCCUCCAGGUCAUUGAUGGAGAUGUUAAACAGGACACGUCCCAGAAUAGACCUCUGUUGUACUCCACUUGUCUUCUCCAUCCAGGGAGAGUAUGACUCAUUAGCCACUACUGUCUCACCCCAAUCAUCCAGUGAGUUCUUUACCUACCUGUUUGUUCACCCAUCCAAACCAUAACAUCCUAACUUGGAUAAAAAAUAUUGUGGAAGACGGUGUCAAAAGCCUUGCCAAAGUCGAGGUAUGAGACAAAAUCUGCUCUGCCCUCAUCCAGAAGUCUAGUCAUUUCAUCAUCAUAGAAGGCAGUCAGGUUGGUUAGGCAUGAUUUAGCCUUGGUAAAUAUAUGAUGACUAUUUCCAACCACCUUCUCCUUCAUAAUUCUAGAAAUGUGUCGCAAGAGGACUUGUUCCAUGAUUUUCCCAGGGACCAAAGUGAGGCUGCAGUCUUUAGAUCCCUGGGAUGACCCUCUGGCUUUUUUUUUUUUUUUUUUUUUUUUUUUUUUUUUUUAGGUGAGUACAACAUUUCCCUUUUUUCAGUUUGUCAGGGACCUUCCCUAAUCUCCAUGACCUUUCAAAGAUGAUAGCACCCUUGCAGUACCAUCAGCCAGGUCUCACAGCAUCCUUGGAUACAUCUGAUCAGGUCCCAUGGACUAGUAUGGAUCAAGCUCUCUCAAGUUAUACCUAACUGCUGGUAGUUUUCCUUGAACCCUUUUAAUAAGCACAGAGGCCUGUGAGACCUUUUUAGUAAAUACUGAGGCAAGGAAGGCAUUGGGUUAUUAAGCCUCUUAUCUGUGUCUGCUAUCACUAAAUCACCUACCCCAUUUGGGAAAGGGCCCGUAUUUUCAUUGGUUGUUCUCUCACGGUUAAUGUAGCAGCAGAAACUGCUUUUGUUGUCCUUGUCCCAUGACAGUUUCAGCCCUUAUUGAGCCCUGGCUUUCCUGGCAGUAUCCCUACCUGCCCAAGCAGUGUUUCUAAAUUCUUGCAUUGUAGCCUGUCCUUGCUUCCACCUCUUACAUAAGUCCUUUUUACACUGCAGCUCUGUUGGGAGUUCCCUGCUUAGCCAAGCUGAUCCCCUGAUAUGUCUGCUUGUUUUCCUGAGUAUUGGAACAGCCUGUUCUCAUGCUUGGAGGAAGUCAUCCUUAAAGGCCUGCCAGCUCUCCUGAGCCACUUUGCCCUUCAGAGCUGCCUCCCAUGAGAUCGCAUCUACUAAUUUCCUGAAAUAAUUUUCAGUAAGCUGAAAUUUGCUUUCCUGAAGUGCAGGGUCCGUACUGCUGCUUACCUUCCUCACACCCCUCACGAUCUUGAACUGCACUAUUUCAUGAUCGCUACUGCCAAUGCAGUCCUUCAUUACCACAUCCUCAACCAGUUCUUCCUUGUUAACAGCAGAUACAACUGUGCAUCACCCCCUUCUUGGCUCAUCCAGUACCUAGAUGAACAAGAUGUCCCUGAAACCCUCAAGAAAUCUUCUUGCCUGCUUGCAUACUGUCAUGUUGCCUUCCCAGCAUGUCAGGGAAGUUAAAGUCCCCCCACUACGUGCCAGGGUCUGGUGAUCCAGAGACUUACCAUAUUGUAAAAGAAGUCUUUAUCCACCUCCUUACCCUGGUCAGGUGGUCUGUAACACACUCCCACUACUAUGUCACCCUUACUGGCCUCUCUGAUCCUGACCCACAAGCUUUCAACCAAUCUGUCACACGUUCCAUAGGAGAGCUUCAUACAGUCAAGCCGCUCUUUCACAGAAGGGGCAGCCUCUCUCCUUGUGCACCUUGUCUGUCUUUCCUGAAGAGCUUGUACCCAUCCAUCACAGCACUGCAGUCAUGUGAGCUGCCGCAUUGUGUCUCUGUUAUUCCAACAAUGUCAUAAUUCUGUGAACCCACACAAAGCUGUAAUUCUUCCUGCGUGCUUCCCAGACUAAGUGUAUUUGUUUACAUACACUUGAGGUGGGUCUCCUUUUGCCCUAUUUUAUCACACCUGAGUUCUCCUUUGUUCCUGUCACCCUGCACCCUUUGCUUUGGACCCCUGACCUCCAUUACCUCACCUGAUUGGGUUGUGACUUCCUUUUCCCAUCACUCCUAUUUUAAAGCUUUCCCUACAGGGUUGCUCAGCCUGUUGACAAAGAUGUGACAUUAGAUAGCUCUGUAGGAUAUUUGAGCUGCUCCUGUGUGCUUUUUGUGGUAGUAAAACCCAACAAGUGCAUAACUAAGAUUAUGAGAAGGACCAUAGGUAACAUGCCCAUGACCUGUCCUGUUGUGUUGGAGAAAGUAUAUGCCCUUCAGAAAACUCGAAAUAUUUUCUUAUUGCUACAUGUACCACUUUGAUUUUUAUCUAUGCCCACACAGGUUCUUCUGCUUUUGCAACUGCACUGCAGGAGUGUUAAACAAGACAUUUGGUUAGAGCUGGACAGUCUUACCUCUGCUGCUCUCUGUAAAUAUUUGCUCAUAAUUUAUUAAAAGACCCUUGUAAAAAUGUA